CGCAGCGAUUCAAGAAGACUUGUACGAAUAUGAACUUGCCUCUGGAUAGAUGGCAUCUAUUCAUAGUAACGCCUUUUCCACUUUUAUCUUUCCCUGCUCGUGGUGCUUGAGUAUUUGUUUAUACAGAUCCCAAUCACCACGCUAGACUGCAGAACAGUCGAUCUAUACUUUUGCGUAUUCAAGUACGCGCGAACAGUCAAACAGAAGGCAGAGUGCCCUACGGGCGUGAGGCUCGCGUGCGUGAGAUUCUAACGCCAACGCUAUUCUUACGCUUACGCUGCGCUGAAUCGAUUUCGUGAAGAGGAGAAAAACAGCAAGAACAACAACAACCACCACUGUUUUGAAGCCCAUCGCUUCACCUUCGACUUAAAGAAGAAGUGACCCGAUUCGGGACUCCGGAUUCUGGAUUCCGGAUUUCAGCUAGCGACCACGCCACUAGCUAAGCUACAAAGUAGGAAAGAAUCUGGGGCGAGAUUUCAACCUCUGGACGUGACUCGCGUUUACUGGCUUUAUGCUUAGUUAGCAUAAAGUUAGCACUCUUUCUCUGUUUUCGUCAUUUUGUAAAGUGAAAGUAAAUUACUUGUAAGUUUUAAUACAGUGACAGUAUAAUAGUCGUACCCUUUUUAAGUCAUUUAAUUAUGCUCGCCUUUGUUUUUCUUUUUCUUCAAGGGUCAACACAAUCUGACCUUCAUACAAAGGACACGCAGAAAUUAUGCCAGGGUACAGUUUAGCCACCUCAGACAAGGAAAGCAUCGAUCCUAAGUAUCUGUGUAACUCCUGUGGUUUGCUCUUGCGAGAAGCAAUGCAGACGGCUUGUGGACAUUUCUACUGCAGAUCAUGCCUUGGAAAUCUAUUCAUGUAAGCUACACUUGAGUUUUAUGUCAUUACAUGUAUCUAACAACUUAUCUCUUCCCAUAUGUAAUUUGGUUCGGUGUUUUCGUCGUUGAUAAAAAUUUCUCAGGUUCCAGAAGGCAAAAUGCCUUUAAUACUGCACUCCCUACUGCACUAUGAAUGUUCUUUGUUGUCACUAUUUGUAUGCAGAAGAUUAGUGGCAUAAAGAUAAAUUAUUAGAAAGCAGAAUCAGUUCAUGGACUAAAAGUUUAGAUACUGGAUAUAAUAAAUCGUGUGCUCCUAAACACAGUUGGCCCGGCAAGCUCAUUAUAUGAACGCGGACGCAACUCUUGCUUGUGAGUGGUGUUGUGUUACAAACAGUUAUUUACAAAGGCUUGUAUGGGAUGUAAAUGGUUUUUCUUAAAAGAGAGAAAAAAUGUUAUGUUUUAAAAUAAAAUUGGCGUACCUUAUUGCCUUGUUGUAUUCUUUGUUGUUUGCCUGCGUCUCAGGCCAUUUUGAAGCGUUUUCGGCAAGUUAGUGAAUAGUGCUAACUUGCAUUACAAGCCUUUGUAAAAUAACCGUUUAUGACACAACACUGCUCGCAAGCAAGAGUAAUGUCUGUGUUCAUGUAAUGAGCUUGGGCCACCUGUGUCCAGAAUUACAACAGGGUGUGUCAAUCUGCAACAGAUGUGGGUAUUACUGAUCUCUGCACAGCCCUAUUAACUUUAUGACAUGCAGCAAUUUCAUACCUUUGACACAAAUAAUUAUGAAAUAUCAGAAGAGGCUAACCAUGUACCUGCAGUAAAUGUAAGGGCUUUUGGUAAAUCUUAUCCAGGUGUGUGCCAUGCAGGAUCAGAGUAAAUCAAAUUCAGAAUGCAGUCUUGUACUGUAGGCCCGAUUUAUGCUAAGCAUGAUAAGCAGUGGCAUGAAAUACUCAGAGGACUAUUCCCCAUCCCCAUACUAUAAGUUGUCUCAAAAUCAGGGUUUAGCUUACAAAGAGCAUUUUAUAGUAUUGUUAACAGUGGUGGAGAAUAAGACAAGCUGUAUGAAGAUUUGUUGUCAAGAGGUUUGCCAAAAGUUCUUUACUCUUCUAAACUUAUUAAACAUGAUUCAACAAGUUUUAUAGGCAGUAGAUAUAUAUGUCAGACCAAAUGUAGGGAUGAUCAAGAUUCACAAAAUUCCUUGAAUAUUCUUACAGCUUGAAAUUUCAAAAUGUUCUUAAUGCAAUGACAUGGAAAUUCCUAAAAAGAACGACUGUGUUACAAUCAACUCUCUCAAAGUGACCACUUCUCAUAUUAGUGACCACCUCCUGUAAGCGACCACUUUGUAAGUGACCCUUUUAUUUGUUAUUCAAGUACUGUUUCAAAAUCUUUCUUUUGAGUAACCAUUACUUUAAAUUUCUUAAACUAGGUUACCUAAAAGAUAGUAAUGCUGCGGCACAUUGUGUUGAUACUGGCAUUAGUUAGGCAGUGAGACUUAAAAAAAUCGAAAGUGAAUGUCCUAUUUACAUGUUGGAAAGUAAUAAUUACCAUCAGUCUGUAGAAAGAACUUGUGGGAACGUUGUUUAGAAAAUGAUCAUUAUGACAAGUGGUUAUCAACUCUGGUUUUCCCACAGUAAAUUGUAGGAAAUGAUAGAAGUUCAGAUUGUUCAUCCAUAUAUUUAAUGUACGGUGUACUAUCUUUUCACUGGAAACACGAUACUUUUCUGGCUGUUUAUUGCACUUUAUUGAAUGACAGUUAUUUAGGUAUAUAUUUAUAGCAAGUAACAACACAAAAAAACAGGAAAAAAAAAGAAAGAAGGAAAACAAGAGUUGAGUAGGACUCGAAUCCAGCACCUUUGGCUUGACGCGACUACACCUAACCACUACACCACUGAGGCUGAUUAUGUAACCUUAGGGAAAAGUCUUUGAUUUAAUGCCUUUUGAAUGAACCUUCCGCCGGCAAGAUGAUCAAGCUGCAUUAACUGGGCUAUUAACAGUAAAAAAAAAAAAACAAUGCAAAUGCAUGUUCCAUGGCAAUGAAUUAAUUAAUGAAAGAACAUAAUAAUGCUUUACAAACUUUACAAAACGACGAUACCACAUCCUCAUAGUAGGACGCAAAACAUGUGUUUUGCUAUCUCGAUUUCUGCUGUUAUUUUGAAGCUAAUGGUCAAAAUCACAUCCAUUUUCGGCUCACACAGGUUCUUAAGAAUAGCAUGGCAUGACAUUUUCUCACUUUCACAUCACCUUCUAGCAAGCUGGAAUUUUUAUAUCCCCAAUGUUGCGGGGUUGAGCAAAUGCUCAUCUUCUCGUCAAGUUUAACGCCUGGACGAGUCAAAGGCUCUUGAUUUGAAAUCCAAUCCCCAAGUUAACCAUCGUACUCACGGUGUGCCUUAAAUUUGUUAAGACUGACCUCUAACCGUGCUGUAGAAAAUUUGCCACAAAGAAAACUCCGAGUCUGGGCAGUGAACGAUGCACACUCUUCGUCGUGUUUUUAGUUGAGUUGUCCCUGUCGCAAUGCAUUCUGGUAAAAAAGUAGCACAGUGCACUCUGGUUAAAUGCAAUGCAUUCUGGUAAAAAGUGAUGAAUUCGAGAAUUCGUCGCCCCUCAUAUAUUUCCUUUAGAUCCUGAUUAUGUUGCAGCUCACUCCCUACGGUCGCUCCGCAGCAACUAGCACGAACACUUUUUAGGCUAGAAACUUGACACAUGCUUUUGUUCCCGUUUCCAGAAAGCAACCACUUGACAUGAUCAUGUGUGAUUCUAAGAAAACCAUUUCUUGAACAUCACAAAAAUUCAGUUUUUAAUAGCACGGCAUGACCAAGAGUGUUGACAGAUUAUAGCAGUUGACCUACAAAAAAGAUAGCUGUAAUGCAAUCUGUAGACCUGUAAAUAAGUGAAUUGUUGCAUUUGCAACAUGUUAUGUUCAGAUCCAAGCACUAUUGAAUGUGAAAUGUUAUUGCCUUGUGUUUAUUUACCUAAUUUUAGCUUGCAAGGCAAUAACUUAUAGUAUCGUUCACCCUCAAGCACCCUGCGUGCGUUGAUCGGCACUAGCACUAAAAUUGCUUUUAAUAAAUACCCCCAUAAACCGUACAUUUUCUUAAAGCUUAUAUAAUAGUUCCAGAUUAUUGCUUAUUCCUUUUAAAAAAUCAAAAUAUUAACGCGAUUCAGAAAUGAGAAGCUUUUUGUGAAAGUAGGUGUCACUGUAAAUUUAAGUCCAGGCCAGCCAAAAAUAAACUAUGACAGUAAGUUGGCCAAAUUUCAGCCAAAUUGGUUCACGGAUUGCCAACUUGGAGUUUAAAACGUCCCCUCAACUUGCCCUGAUUUUCAUUUUGAGAAAACAGGGGAAAAAGAUUUUUGGCGGCGUAUUAUAAUUACCCGUGACUAGAUUAUAACAGAUUAUAACACCAAAGCUGUCAAUGUUGUUGCAUACCAGAAAAAGGACAACAAUAGCGACACAGCAGGAGAAGGUUACAAACGAAACCCGACAACAGAUGAACAAUUUGUUUCAAAGGCUCCGCUCUGUUCGAUCCUUCUGUUGUCAAGAAAGCAUCUUUAGUUAUUUGCAUCAUGCAGGCAGUUUUCAUUUUGAGCCAAGCCAACUUUUACUUGAUACAUUUUCUAAAAGUUUGACACUUCCCUGGAAAAAUCGACAACAAACCGCUUCCUAGAGUUUUUCUUGAAGCUGCUCUCCUGCUACAGUAGACUUUCAAAAAAGUCCUUCGUCCGAUUUUUAUAUGGCGCUGGACUUGUCGCGAAUUUGUCGCUUGCUUGGAGACUUCGCGGCCUAAAAAGCUCACUCUGCUCGCUAGGAAACUUGUGAAACUCGAUUUCACGGUAGUUUCAAUGGGUUUUUCAGAAGCUUUGUUAUCUUUUAGCCAUUUUUCUUGAUUGUAGUAGGAGCAGUUGUCACUCUUCGCUAAUUUUGAAGCCCACACUUUGCAAAAUGAUUUUGUCGUCUUCUUUCGUCUUGGAGUCAAGGACGGACAAGCUCUUUUUUCUUCUUUGAAGGCAUUCACUUGCAAAAUCCAGGGGAAAACAGAGAGCAUUAUACUUGUAGACCACGAUUUCUGUCAAAUUGCAUGAUUAGCUUGGUUCAACAGCAGUGUGCGUAUCAAGUAUGACAGGACUUGUCAGCGAUCAAUUAAAAUAAUUAGCAUAGAAAAAACUUUUGCACUCCAUAAGUCUGCAAAG